UAAAUUGUUUUUGUUUAGGUGUUUUUGUUGUUGUGUUUUGCUUAGUUUAGUUAAUCUGAAAAAGGUUGAUGUAACUUCAGAGGAAGAAGAGUUUGUUCAGGAAGUUUCGCAUUCAUUAAACUUCUCUUCAAACCAUGGCGUGCGCGGUGAUGUCAGAUGAGAGAAUCGGGGAAGCCCUGAUCAAAGAAGUCAUAGAGGAAGAGCUGAAGGAUGUGCCCUCAGAGGAUGUCCCGCCUCUCACUCCACUGACUGUGGAGGUGAAGACUGAGCAGGAGGAGAAGCUGGUCAAGCAGCUGAGCAAAAUGAUACGUAUCGUCGGUGACAGAGUGCAGCAUGACCAAGAGUUUCAAGAUGUGAUAGAUGGUGUGGCUUCUGGCUCUGGCUCCAAGUCAGAGAACUUCAGACAAGUGGCAGACAAAGUGUUUGAGGACGGCAUCACCUGGGAGAGAAUCGCUGUGCUCAUCUAUGUAGCCGGCAGGCUUGCUGUCAAGCAAUACGUCAAUAACAUGCGACACAAGCGCUACAACAAAGGUGGAUUUCAAGUACCUGCUCACCCGGGAACCAGAGUCAUAGAGGAAGAGCUGAAGGAUGUGCCCUCAGAGGAUGUCCCGCCUCUCACUCCACUGACUGUGGAGGUGAAGACUGAGCAGGAGGAGAAGCUGGUCAAGCAGCUGAGCAAAAUGAUACGUAUCGUCGGUGACAGAGUGCAGCAUGACCAAGAGUUUCAAGAUUGCACAAAUGGAAGCAAUGACUAUGUAUGUGUAUGUCCACAGAUCAACAGCUUCUCAGAGUUAGCAGCUGCAUCCAUCCAGAGGGUGUCGUCAAUGAGCUCUCACAGCUACGGCCUCAUCAUAAUCUUCCUCGCUGGCAUGUUUAUAGGAAGCUUCAUCACCUGGAGGCUGUCCAGACAGUCCUGAGUCUGACACACACACAAAAAACAUUCAUGUUCGGGACCGGAGUCUCUAGUCUGUUUUUGAACACACUGGUAUAACGUCUCUAAACCACUCAGCUCUUCUUUUCAAUCUUCUCUUAUCUAUGCAAACACAACUGAAAAUCCAAAACCAGCAGUGUUGUGGGGGAAAAGUGUUUAUUGUGUAACGAUGCAGGGUCUUCUGAACCAAAUGACCUGGUCAGACAUCCUGUUUCUAGUCAGAGGAGAAAAAAAGUGAAAACCUUUUUAAGCAUUUUCAGGUUCCAGCUGCUGCCUGUUGAAUUUGACUUUUGGCAAUAUAGUGUACGUGAGAAAUGAUGAUGGUAUUUAAAGCACUUUGAGUGCGCUGGGAGAGUAGAAAAGUGCUACAUGACAGUCAGACCAUUCACCAUUUAUAUGUGAGAGAUGGAGACAGAGAGAAAGUGUUGCACCGCCUCCAUCUGGGGUCUUGCCUGAUAUUGUAGAUGCAGCCUUUAAGGACCAUGUGCUUAGAGCCAUGAUUAGUGCCUCUGUGCUGUCCUUCAGUCCAGCUUGGUCCAGCCACUAGUAGGAUUUCUUGAUAUCAGCCACUUCUUUCCCUGCCAUGCAGGGCCUAUCUCUUUCUCAGGUUUCAUACAUCAGUUGUAGUACUCAUGAAUCUUUGCUGUUUCAUCGUGGAUAGUGGUUCUGACACUCACUAGUCCUUGGCCUGCUUCCACUUACCGUACAGUUUCAGGGUGCAGACUUGGGGUGAAACCCUCCAUGCAUGGUAGGAACCUCCUUGCCUUGAUGUCAGAGGCAUCACCUCCGUUAGCCUGCUUAUUAUCCCAGCAGUGUACCUGACGAUCGGCAGGGUGUAGAUGUUGAUCUUGGUCUUCCCAUUCAGCCAACUCCUCAGGACGUGCCUUACUCUCUGCAGGUAUUUGGUAGUUGCAGCAUUCCUACCGGCCUCUUCAUGAUUCCCAUUUGUGUGGGAUUCCCAGGUACUGUUCUCAUUGUCUGCAGUGUUGCCUUCUGGUAGUUCGAUUUCCUCAGUUCUGACUUGCUUCCCUCUCUU